GCCAUUCACCGUAAAAUCCUCUGCUAUGGUACAGCCCGGCACAGGAUGGAUGGGCACAAUGAAGAUGCUCACGGCUGCGCUGCUUUGGGUCACACUGCAGCCCUCAAGUGCCGUGAGUCCCACCGACUGUGACGCGACAGGGCCUGUGGCUGAGAAGGCUUUAGACUUGGUCAAUAAAGGGCGGAGGAAUGGCUACCUUUUCCAGCUGCUGCGGGUUGCUGAUGCCCACUUGGACACAGUGGGCUCUGCAACAGUCUACUACUUAGCCUUGGAUGUAAAAGAAUCUGAUUGUUGGAUUCUAUCCAUGAAACCCCAGGAUGACUGUUAUUCAGAUGUUUCUAGAAGGCCAUCAGAUAUAGUGAUCGGGCAGUGCAAGGUAAUAGCCACGAGAUAUUCAAAUGAAUCUCAAGAUCUUAGAGUGAAUGACUUCAACUGCACCACAAGUUCUGUCUCCUCAGCCCUGAGCAACACUAAAGACAGCCCUGUGCUCUUCGACUUCUUUGAGGAUACAGAGCCCUACAGAAAACAAGCUGAGAGAGCCCUUGACAAGUACAAAAGGGAGAAUGGCGAUUUUACCUCUUUCAGAGUGGACCAAGUGGAGAGAGUUAUAAGAGCGAGAGGAGGGGAAAGAACCAAUUACUAUUUGGACUUCUCUGUGAGGAACUGCUCUGCACAUCAUUUCUCUAAACACUAUACAGUCUUUGGGUUCUGCCGUGCAGAUUUGUCCUAUGAGGUAGGAGCCUCUGACUUGGAGACUCCAAAAGACAUUGGCAUAAAUUGUGAAGUCUUCGACUUUAAGGAACACAGAAACAUCAGUAAUGUGAAACCUCACUGGGGUCAGCCCCACCACUCUGGUAGUCACAAGGAUUCUUCUGCUGGCAAGCAUCCACAUAAGCCCAGUGGAUCCAGAGGUCAUCAUCAUCCCCACAAGACGCAUGAACUUGGGUACUCAUCUCCAGUGGCAGAAGAAGAUAACUUGGGCAAACCACCAUUUCAACAAGGAACUCUUCCACCGUUGCCCCAACCGGGAUCAAGAUGUCAUCACCCCUUUUUUGGCACUAAUGAGACCCAUAGACCCCAUCAUAAUCAUAGUUGUAGGGAGCACCAUCCCCAUGGACACCAUCCCCAUGGACACCAUCCCCAUGGACACCACCCCCAUGGGCACCACCCCCAUGGACACCAUCCCCAUGGGCAUAAAUUUCAUAGACACCAUCCCCAUGGACACCAUCCCCAUGGGCACCAUCCACAUGGGCACCAUUCCCAUAAACAUCAUCCCCAUGGACACUAUCCUCAUGGGCACAGUCCCCAUGGGCAUGAUUUCUAUGACUAUGGACCCUGUGACCCACCCCCCAAUUGCCAAGAACUCGAUGGUCAACAUCAUCGUGGCCAUGGCCCACCACAUGAUCACUCAGGGGAAAGAAUUCCAGGUAGAAGACACUUUCCUUUCCACUGGAGACAAAUUGGCUAUGUUUACCGGCUCCCUCCGCUGAGAACAGGUGAAGUUCUUCCUCUUCCUGAAGCCAAUUUUCCCAUCUUCUCACAGCCAAACUGCAACAAGCCUCCAACGGUGAAGAUACAGCCCUUCCCUCAAUCGGCCUCUAAAUCAUGUCCGGGGAAAUUCCAGAGUGAGUUUCCACAAGUUUUCAAGUUUUUUGCAUAUCCAUUUCCAAAAUAAAAUCUGAUCCUUGAUGGGGAAUAAAAUGGAGGAUAAUCUGAACUCAAACUAUAAGUAAAAUACAAGCAGCAAUAAUUAAAAUUGCAGUGAUUUUAACCUUGUUUCUGUACUUAAUGUAGGAGGAAAUGUGGAUGGGGAAGAAGAUCGGAUAAGAAGAGACAGACAUGUGGAAAGGAGAGGAACUAUUUCAGUUCUACAAAUCACAAGUUAAUUAUGUCACUGAGGCAAAUCUUUGAUGCUUAGAAUGUCCUUCUUUCUGGGACAUAACUCCUCUAAUUCUAGACUGUCUGUUCCUGCUUAUUCCAUAGUGAGGCAUAGUGAAGAAAGUUUGAAUUAUUGCUUACAAGAUUGUUACAGGGUGGUGUGGUGAUGAACACUUUUAAUCCCAGCACUGAGGAGCAGAGAUAAGAAGAUCAUCAUGAGUUUGAGGCCACCCUGAGACUACAGAGUGAAUCCCAGGUCAGCCUGGGCUACAGU